UGCUUGAGCUCUGCUAGAUGGCAUUAAACGAUGUGGAAACAGAAACAAGUCAUCUAUUUGGAGAAUGACAGAUUGACAUAUCCUAACUGAUAUCAGUAAUAUUAUAAAAAAUAAUAUUUAUACAGGAUACUUCCUAGCACUCCAAUUAUUUUAGACGAUUUUCCAUAUCGUUUGCUUUAUAGAACAACGGAAAACAAAAUUAUAACAAACAUGACAACUUUUCAAACACAACUUUUGUAUGCAUUAGGAAACAAUACAAAAGUUCUUCCAGAAUUGAAGAAGAUGUUUAUUCGCCCUUUAAUACAGAUUGCUGUGAAAUCAAUAAAUCAAGAAUAUAUAGAGGAAGGAAUAUUGGAUAAAAUAAGUCAAAAAUACAAUGUACCAGAAGAAUCUGUGGAUGAGUAUUAUUCAGUCAUCUAUACGAUAUUAAAGGUUCACUUGGGCAUAUUAUCUCAGAAUGUGAAACCUGGAGAAUUCAAGCAAAUAUUGGAGGAAUUAAAAUUAUCUCCUGACUGCAUUGAGGAUUUGUCUACUGUGAUCUAUGGCCAAAAGCGAUUAGAAUUAGUAACUGGUUUAAUCAACAAAACAAAGUUUUACUCACAUCUUGUAUCUUGCAAGUGGCGUGUAGACAUCACCAUUUCUUCCAACAUUAUAAAUAGAGUCCUGGAACCACAUAUUAUAAUGAAGUGGACAUUCAGCAAUGGGGAGCACCAAAUAUUUGAAUUAUCUAUGUCAAAAUUCCAUCAACUUAGACAUGCUGUAGCAACCAUACUUGUGGAUAUGCAAAAACUAGAACAGAAAUGUGCUUCAAAAAACAUUGUAAGCAGUUGAUAAUUGUACAAAAAAUUUUAAUUAUGUACAUUAACAUUUUAUGAAACCAAUUAUGCAAGGAAACUAUAGAAUUAAGUUUUAUAUUGUAAAGGUAUUUUAAAUAUAUGAUAAAACAAAACUGAAAAAUGUCUGUACAGUGUUUUAUUUCGAAUAGUUAAUAAAUUUUCAUUUAAACAA